GCCAGUCUUGCUACAUUUUUUUCGAUGAGCACACGUUUUGUUUUUUUGCGCGGAGUUUUGAAUACAAUUAAUAUUAAAUAAUUAAUGAAUACUCAAAAUGAGUGCGAUAUCGAAAUAAACUACCAUAACGAGAGCAAGCAAUUGAGAAAAUCGAAGCAAAUAGGAGUGCCUGUGUGCUGUAUAAAUGCAAGUGUGUGUGUGUGUUGUGUGUUUGCGUUUGUUUGUGUGUGUGACGAGUGAGUGCGUUAUAAAUAAAACGCCAAGAAGCUGCGUGCAAAAAGUAGACGCCAAGAAAAAUAAAGAAUGUGCCCAAACAACAGUGCAAGAAAAGAAACUGUUUUUAUGCUGAGUUCCGUUGUAUUUUUAAUACAUUUCUAAUUAAUUUUUUUAAUAAAGUAACGAAAGGCGAAAGUGCAUUUCUACAUGUAAAGCUGCAAAAGCUAAAUUUACAAAUAAACGCUUUUUUGCAACUUCGACCUGUAGACUUUAUUUGGAUUAAAGCAGAGGAGUGUUCAGCUUGCAACACGCUGUGUAAUGGAUGCAACAUCAAUAAUAACACAAGUUUCCCGCGAUGAUGAACAAUUGAAUGUCUAUCCAAGCGACAAAGGAGAAGAUGUGGAUCGUUUAAAGCCACAAAAACGAGGAAUUCUACAGUCUUUACUCUGCUGUUGGCGACGAAAUCGAACGAAAACAAACCAGAAUGGCACACAGAUCGACGGUUCGACAACACCGCCGCCCCUACCGGACCAACAAAGGUACCUACUACCUCAAAUUAGGCACUCCGAUAUGCAUAAAAAGUGUAUGGUCAUCGAUUUGGACGAAACUCUAGUGCACAGUAGUUUUAAGCCUAUACCUAAUGCCGAUUUCAUAGUACCAGUGGAAAUCGAUGGCACCAUACAUCAGGUUUAUGUGCUGAAGCGACCCCAUGUCGAUGAAUUUCUGCAAAAGAUGGGUGAACUGUACGAGUGCGUUUUGUUUACAGCAUCACUAGCCAAAUAUGCAGAUCCUGUUGCCGAUCUGCUAGAUAAGUGGAAUGUGUUUCGCGCAAGACUGUUUAGGGAAUCAUGCGUUUAUUACAGGGGUAAUUACAUUAAGGAUCUGAAUCGUUUGGGUAGGGAUUUACAGAAAAUUGUCAUUGUUGAUAAUUCACCGGCCAGCUAUAUCUUUCAUCCCGACAAUGCGGUUCCCGUCAAGUCCUGGUUCGACGAUGUCACCGACUGUGAACUGCGCGAGCUGAUCCCGCUCUUUGAGAAGCUAAGCAAAGUUGAUUCCGUCUAUUCGGUGCUCUGCAAUUCAAACCAGCCGCUGAACAAUCAAACAAGCCAGCAGCAUGAGCUGCAGCAGGUGCCACAGCAGCAGCAGCAGCAGCAGCAGCAACAACAGCAGCAGCAACAACAACAGCAGCAGCAACAGACCAUCUCUGCCACAACAGUUAUUACACAGGCGAGCACACUGUCUGCACCGACCAUGCUGAAUGCCGCACAACAGCAGCAACAGCAAACACAGCAGCAGCAGCAGCAACAGCAGCUGCAGCAGCUAUCAAGUCCGCCCAGCCCACAGAGCGAGCUGCUGCAGAAGACGUAACAUCAGUGGGAAUUAAUGUUUAUAAAUAUAUGAUAAAGUUUAUACAUAUUACGAGACCAAGCUAAAGCAACCAAGCAAAAAGCCUGCAAGAAAAAAAAAAAACACGAAAAACAAUACAUAACCACGCGCCAAGACACACACACACACAGACACAAUAGCAACAUUUCUAAAAAAAAAAAAAAAAAUACAACUAAAAUAUAUAUAUACAUACGAGAAAUCCUUUUUUAUGGCAUUGCAAUGUAACGCCCCUUUUUCUAGACUAAGCUCGAGUUUUUAUUUUUUAAAACUAUUUACAAUGCACAUUUGUUAUUUA